AUGAACUACAAUACUGGAUAUCAAUUUUCUUUCAACAAUUCUUCUUCUUCUUCCUCAGACUCUGAUGAAUGGUUUAUGGAAGAAAUUGAUUUAGAAGAACAAAUACUAGUCAACAUGUAUAUCAACAACACUCGGCUUAUUCACCAACUCAUUCAAGAAAACGAAUCAAACGAGCAUAAUCGUCGGCGUAAGAGGCAGCGAAGAAGAAGGAGAAAAGCGAAGAUGACGCUGAAGAAACUGGACGCAAAUCCAUCGACCUUGGAAUCAGUGUUAGAAGAAUUGAAAUCGGACGAAACGAAUCGCGGCAAAAUCAAUUUCAUCCUCUUCCUCGCCGAUAACGAUCCCACCACCAAUCGCAGCUGGUGUCCAGAUUGCGUUAGAGCGGAGCCGGUGAUAUACAAGACACUAGAGGAAUCUCCAGCGGAAGUGAAUCUGAUUCGGGCGUACGCCGGAGAUAGACCUACGUGGAGGAAUCCGGUGCAUCCGUGGAGAGUUGAUCCUCGAUUUAAGCUCACCGGUGUGCCUACGCUUGUUCGCUGGGACGGAGAGAGUGUGAAGGGCCGUCUCGAGGAUCACCAAGCUCACGUUCCUCGCUUGAUUCUCCCACUUCUCUCGUCUUCAGUUUCUGCGCCAGCAACUUGA